ACCAGUUCAUUUCAGUUCUUAUAAUCUGCCCCACUGGGGUCUUGAGUACCUACAGUUUAUCCACGCACAUACCUAACUAACGUAAGGACCAAGUUGAUUCUCACCAUGGCUUCCCCUUUGCUUCCAUUUCUCUUCCUCUCAAUGGUUCUGUUACCCUUUCAACACAUCAAUGUUAUGGCCCAAACCAAAAGCAACAUAGCCAUUGGUGACUCUCACACAGCAGGAGCCAGCACCUCCCCAUGGUUGGUUUCAUCACCUUCUGGUGACUUUGCCUUUGGGUUCCUCCCACUUGAGGACACUCCUGAUCACUUCAUGCUUUGCAUUUGGUAUGCAAAGAUUCAAGACAAAACCAUAGUUUGGUUUGCCAACAGAGACAAGCCUGCACCAAAGGGCUCAAAAGUAGUGCUCACUGCUGAUGAUGGGUUGGUGCUCAUCACUGCCCCAAAUGGUAACCAGUUAUGGAAGACUGGGGGACUCACUGUGAGAGUUUCUAGUGGUGUGUUAAAUAACACUGGCAACUUUGUGCUUCAGGAUGGUGACUCCAACACUGUUUGGGAGAGUUUCAAGGACUAUAGAGACACCUUGCUGCCUUAUCAAACUAUGGAAAGGGGUCAAAAGCUUUCUUCUAAACUUAGGAGGAAUUACUUCAACAAGGGAAGGUUUGUGCUCUUUUUCCAAAAUGAUGGUAACCUUGUAAUGCACUCUAUAAACUUGCCAUCUGGGUAUGCUAAUGAACACUACUAUGAAAGUGGAACCGUUGAGUCCAACAUAUCAAGUGCUGGGACUCAAUUGGUGUUUGAUGGGUCAGGAGACAUGUAUGUUUUGAGAGAGAACAAUGAGAAAUACAACUUGUCAAGAGGGGGUAGUGGAGCUUCUUCUACCACUCAAUUUUUUUACCUUAGAGCAACUCUUGAUUUUGAUGGGGUGUUCACACUCUAUCGACAUCCUAAGGGUUCUUCUGGUACUGGAGGUUGGACCCCAGUGUGGUCUCAUCCAGAUAAUAUCUGUAAGGAUUAUGUUGCUAGUGCAGGUAGUGGUGUUUGUGGAUAUAAUAGCAUUUGUAGUUUGAGAGAUGAUAAGAGGCCAAAUUGUAAGUGCCCAAAAUGGUACUCACUGGUCGACCCUAAUGAUCCCAAUGGUAGCUGCAAACCAGAUUUUGUACAGGCAUGUGCUGUAGAUGAACUUAGUAACAGAAAGGAUCUCUAUGACUUUGAGGUGUUGAUAGAUACUGAUUGGCCUCAAUCAGAUUAUGUGCUUCAAAGACCCUUCAAUGAAGAACAAUGCAGGCAAUCUUGUAUGGAAGAUUGCAUGUGUUCUGUUGCCAUUUUCAGGCUAGGUGAUAGCUGCUGGAAGAAGAAGUUGCCACUUUCAAAUGGUAGAGUUGAUGCCACACUUAAUGGUGCAAAGGCCUUCAUGAAAGUGAGGAAAGACAACUCCUCCUUGAUUGUUCCUACAAUCAUUGUGAACAAGAAUAGGAACACUUCGAUUUUGGUUGGAUCAGUGCUUUUGGGUAGUUCUGCUUUUCUCAAUCUCAUUUUGCUUGGAGCAAUAUGCUUGAGCACUUCCUAUGUUUUUCGGUACAAGAAGAAGCUUAGAAGUAUUGGCAGAAGUGACACUAUUGUGGAAACCAACUUGCGUUGCUUCACUUAUAAGGAACUUGAAAAAGCCACCGAUGGCUUUGACAAAGUGCUAGGAAAGGGAGCUUUUGGUAUUGUGUAUGAAGGAGUCAUCAACAUGGGUUCCGAUACUCGUGUUGCGGUGAAAAGGUUGAACACUUUUCUCUUGGAAGAUGUUCAUAAGGAAUUCAAGAAUGAACUGAAUGCCAUUGGCCUCACGCAUCAUAAAAACUUGGUCCGUAUACUUGGAUUUUGUGACACUGAAGAAAAAAGGUUGCUGGUUUAUGAGUAUAUGAGUAAUGGCACUUUAGCAAGUCUUCUUUUCAAUAUUCUGGAGAAACCAAGUUGGGAACUGAGGCUACAAAUUGCAAUUGGGGUUGCUAGAGGACUUCUAUAUUUGCAUGAAGAGUGCAGCACACAGAUCAUCCAUUGUGACAUAAAGCCUCAAAACAUACUCCUUGAUGAUUACUAUAAUGCAAGGAUUUCUGACUUCGGAUUGGCCAAGCUUUUGAACAUGAACCAAAGCAGAACAAACACUGCCAUAAGGGGAACAAAAGGGUAUGUUGCACUUGAAUGGUUCAAAAACAUGCCGAUCACAGCUAAAGUAGAUGUCUAUAGUUAUGGGGUGUUGUUGCUUGAGAUAGUUUCAUGCAGAAAAAGUGUAGAGUUCGAGACAGAAGAUAAAGAGAAAGCAAUCCUAGCUGAAUGGGCUUAUGACUGCUACACUGAAAGAACUCUUCAUGCCUUGGUUGAGGGUGACAAAGAGGCAUUGGAUGACAUGAAGAACUUGGAGAAAUUGGUAAUGAUUGCCCUUUGGUGUGUGCAAGAGGAUCCUGAUCUUAGACCAACUAUGAGAAAUGUGACACAAAUGCUUGAAGGUGUUGUUGAAGUGAAAGUACCACCAUGCCCCUCACAAAUUAGUGAUCAAUAUUCCUAAACUAAUCAAUUAGUGUUAAUCCUAGUUGUGGUAUCUAGAUUCUAGUAUGAACUACAAAAUUUGCAAUUUUGCAUUUAUGUGCGUGUAUUUAUUUGAAGCUUUAUCAUUUGGGGUUUGAGAUUUGUAUUAACUAGCUUGAUAACUCAAUUGUUAUGUUUUGGAUUUGAGUAAAUGUAAGUAUUAAGUAACUUUAA